AUGUCAGGCAUCGACAACAUCGACACGCGCGGCACUGCCACGGCCUGGACCGACCGCGAGCUACUCGCCUACAUCGUCAGCGCAAUCGAGCAUUCCAACGCGGCCAUCAGCUUCUCCACCGCCCCCGCCCCUGUCGGCCGCAAGAAAUCCGCCUGCGUGGUCAAAAUCAACAAGCUGAAGAAGGAGCUCAAGGCCGACAUGGACCUGCUUGCUGCGGGCCAGCCGAUGAGCUGCGUCACGGUGGGUUCUCACCAGGGCAAGCCGGUGCGCAAGCGCAAGGCAGAAGACGGCGAGGGCGAGACGCCGAAGAAGCGCGGACGGGGCAAGAAGGCUGUGGAGUCUGACCGGGAGGUUAAGCAGGAGGCUACGCCUGAGAGCGAGGGUCUUGGGGAGGACGGUGCGGAGGCGGAGCUCUGA